AUAAAGCAAAAUACGGUUCAAUAUGGUAGAUAUCGUAUAAUAUAAUAAGGGAUAUGAAUCCUAAAAGAUGACAUGUAAUUCUACAUUUUUUUUAAGAAAAGUUGUACUUUAAUAUUUUUUAGACAACAAUCAACCUCUAAUAACUUUUUCCUACCCCUAUAAAAUGGCCUAGCACAUUAUUUCUAGCUACAAAUUAACAAUGACAAAUUUUAAGCCUCUAACUCUUUGCUUAUUCCUUCAAGCUAUUGUUAUCAUAAUUUCAUUACCAACAAUCCAAAGCAGAAGUACUAAUUUCCCUUCAAAGGAUGAAAAACUAUCACUCAUAGAAAACACUUGCAAAAAAACACCAAAUUACAAUGUUUGUUUUCAGUCUUUGAAAGCAUAUUCUGGUACCUCUGCUGGUGAUGUAACAGGGCUAGCACAAAUCAUGGUGAAAGUGAUGAAAGCAAAAGCAAACGAUGGAUUAAAUAAGAUCCACCAGCUACAAAGGUUGGGAAAUGGAGCUAGGAAAGCUUUGAGUUCUUGUGGUGACAAAUAUAGAGCAAUUUUGAUAGCUGAUAUACCUCAAGCUAUUGAAGCUUUGGAGAAAGGGGAUCCUAAGUUUGCAGAAGAUGGUGCAAAUGAUGCUGCUAAUGAGGCUACUUAUUGUGAGAGUGAGUUCAAUGGGAAAUCUCCACUCACAAAACAGAAUAAUGCUAUGCAUGAUGUUUCAGCUGUUACAUCAUCUAUUGUUAGACAAUUACUCUAGAUAUUUGUUUGCUUAAAUCCUUAAACCUAUUUAUGCUUCUAUUAGUUAAUAAUUAUAUGUUGUCUAUGGAAUAUUAUAUUGUAGUAAUAAUUAUGUAAAUGUCUUCUAAUCUAAUGCAUUUAGAGCUUCUCCAAUGGAAAGAGGGCUUGUUUAAACUUUAAACGAGUGUCUAUUUGGGAAAGUAUCUUGUAUAAUAAUGGUCCCUCUUUUCCUCGUA